AGUUGAGAACUACAUUGUAUUUCUCAAUGUUGAUUGAGUAAAUUUCUGUUUUAUCAACAUACUGAGAAGCUCUACUCACUAGUUCAAAUGCAUCCAAAUUUGAAAAGAGGCAUUGAAGUAUUUUAAUUCAGAAAGAUUUAAAUCCCACACUCUACCCACUGAUGCAAUGAUGUUUUUGAGUCUUUGAUGCACCUGUCAAUCAUGGUUUAUAAUUAUCGUUGGUUAAGACAACCAAUUUGUUGAAAGAAAUUUAUUAUUAAUUUAUUUAAAAUGUGUUUAUCAAUCAAACGCAAACAAAUAAAGCGAUACAAACUUUACAGUUUUUAAGAUUAUGAAAUACAGAUCUGUCACAGACACACAACCACACCUAGUCAAAAUAUAUAUAAUGAUUAAAAUUACAAUAUAAUAAAUAAAAGCCAACGUUAUUAUAAUCAAUUGAGUAAACUCUUUAUUCACUUCUAUAUAUUCUCUCUAUUUUUCAUGGAUAGGAAUAAAAUUAUGGCUUCACGUGAACAAAUUUCAAUUGUUCAAUCCAAAUUCACCACUGGAGAAAUAGUGACUAUUGCAGUAGAAGCGUCAUUGAUGCAAGGAUGGAUAAAAGCUACACGACUCUUAGCUCUAGUCAACAAAGGUACGACUCAUGCUUUAGUUAUUUUACUUACAUCUCGGAAUCCACCACAAGUUUAUAGUGAUCUUACCAUUGAAAGAGUACUCCCCAUUGAUCAAGAAUUUAAAUGUAAUAUUGAUACUGGAAAUCAACAACAGGAAGGUUUAGAUGUUUACUUAAAUGUUUCUUCAAGAAAACAAAGAUUAGUUUUUGAAAUGAGACCUGGAGAGGCAACGAGUUCAUUAGUAUCUGAAAUAUUUCGUGCUAUUGAAGUAUAUCAAAAAAAUAAAAGCUCAACAUCCGAAUAUUUGUGGAUACAAAAAUUAACGGGAAGUACACGAAAUUUAAACAGUGGAUCUGGUGAUUUAAAUAGUGGAAUGGGAGACUCAUUUGUAGAACUUGACAGUCCAGAUUUAGUAGUUUCUCGAAGAAAUAUUGCUAGUGGUAAGACUCCUGUAGCAGCUAGAGAAUCGGUGGUUCGCUAUCAAAUGGCUUGUAAGGAAGAUGAUUACACAUAUACUGAAACUCUGAGAAUUUUUAUUGGCACGUGGAAUGUUAAUGGUCAACCUCCGAAUGCAGUUUCUUUGAAUGAAUGGUUAAGCGAUGAUCAAAUUCCUCCAGACAUUUAUGCUGUUGGUUUUCAAGAAUUAGAUUUAAGUAAAGAAGCUUUUCUUUUUAAUGAUACACCUCGUGAAGAAGAAUGGAGACAAGUUGUAUCUAAAUCUCUUCAUCCGAAAGGUGUUUAUAAACAAAUAGCUAUUGUUCGUCUUGUUGGCAUGAUGCUUAUUGUUUUUGCUCAGGAAGCACAUGUACCUUUUAUAAAAAAUAUAUCUGUUGAUACUGUCGGUACAGGAAUUAUGGGAAAGUUGGGCAAUAAAGGUGGUGUUGCUCUUAGUUGUUCUAUUCAUAACACAUCUAUUUGUUUCGUAAAUGCACAUUUAGCAGCUCAUUGUGAAGAAUAUGAACGUCGAAAUCAAGAUUAUGCAGAUAUAUGUACACGGCUAUCAUUUUCAAGUCAUGUACCUCCUAAAAGUUUUAAAGAUCAUGAUCAAAUUUAUUGGCUUGGAGAUUUAAAUUAUCGAAUAACAGAAAUGGAUGUAUUAACGGCAAAGCAAUACAUUACAAUUGGUAAUUAUGCUCCAGUAUUGGCUUUAGAUCAAUUGGGACAGCAAAGAAAACUUGGAAAAGUACUUCAAGGAUUUCACGAAGCUGAAAUAACAUUUAAACCUACAUACAAGUAUGAUCCAGGAACUGACAAUUGGGAUUCGAGUGAAAAAGGUAGAGCGCCAGCAUGGUGUGAUCGUGUGCUUUGGAGAGGUGAUACCAUUACAUCGGUCAGUUAUCGAAGUCAUCCUGAAUUAAGAAUCUCUGAUCAUAAACCUGUUAGCGCUACGUUUGAUGCUCAGAUAAGAGUUAUAGAUAUGAUAAAGUACAGAAAAACGCUCGAAGAAGUGAUGAAAAAAUUAGAUAAAUUAGAAAACGAAUUCUUGCCACAAGUAAUGGUUGAUACAACAGAACUAAUUUUUGAUGUUUUGAAAUUUUUAGAACCAAGUAGUAAAGAGCUUAUCAUUGCAAAUACUGGACAAGUGCCAGUUCAUUUUGAAUUUAUUAAAAAAUUAGAUGAUGCAAAUUAUUGCAAAGAUUGGUUACACAUAGAACCUUACACUGGAUUUAUAAAACCAGGUGAAAAAUGUGAUAUAAAAUUAGAAAUUUACAUUGAUAAAAGAUCAGCAUGUAAAUUAAAUUCUGGUGAAGAUAAAUUAUAUGACAUAUUGGUUUUACACCUUGAAGGUGGCAAGGAUAUAUUUAUUACUGUUACGGGUACUUAUGAAAGGAGUUGUUUUGGCUCUUCAAUGGAAGCAUUGGUACAUAUUCCUGUGCCCAUUAGAGAAAUUCCUAUAGGGCGAAUAAUGGAAUUGGAAAAUAAUAAAAACCCAUCACAAGAACCUUAUCCAGUACCAAAAGAAGUUUGGUUACUAGUUGAUAGGCUGUAUCGUCAUGGUAUUAAAAUUCCUGGAUUAUUCGAGACUCCUGGGCUACACAGUGAGAUUAUAGCUAUAAGAGAUUGGUUGGACAUAGGCAGCCAAGAUCCCAUGCCCGGUAGUGUUCAUUCCGCUGCUGAAGCAUUACUUUUACUUUUAGAAUCAACAGCAGAACCCCUCGUACCUUACAAUUUACACAGCAUUUGUUUGUCAGCAGCAACUAAUUAUUUGCAGUGUAAACAAUUAAUAAUGCAGUUACCAGAAAUCAGAAGAACUGUAUUUCUAUACAUUUGUGCUUUUUUACAAGAAUUAUUGAAUCAUUCCCAAGAUAAUGGACUAGACGCCAAAACUUUAGCAACAUUAUUUGGAUCGAUUUUUUUACGAGAUCCUCCAAAAAGUAGGGAUGAACGAAGUCAAAGAAAUCGAAUAAUUCAAGCAACAUUCGAUCGAAAAAAAGCUGCUUUCGUUUAUCAUUUUUUAGUGAACGAUCAAAGUGAUUUCCUUGGACGAUAAUAAAUUUAAAAAAGUGUAGAUGAUAAUCAAAACUCAUUUUACAUGAUUGUUAUUAAGAAAAAUGAAAAAAAACAUCAAUAAAAGAAAGUAAUCAUGGAAUCAUGCGUGUGCUAAGAUGAUAUAUUUUAUGGCUAUUUUAACUUAUUAUAACUCUAGAAUCUCUUAUAAAAUGAAUCUUUUAUUAAAUAAAUAUUUCACUAGUGCCACUGUUCGAACGUAUACUCAAUAACUAAGCAAAUUAAUGUAAUAACAAUAAUCGCUUACACUCACUCGCAUUUUAUAGAAUUUCUUCAACGAUACCUAAUCGAUGUAUAGACAUUGCUAAAAUUAUUUUAAACGAUUUUGAGUAUUUUGAAAAAAUAAAUUCAAUUUUAUGAUGAUAGAAUUUUCGAAUAAAUAGAUAGAAAAACUAAUGUAAAGAACGCUGGAAAUAUUCAAUAGAAAUUUGAAAUAUUAAUAAUUAAGCUAAUACAAAUUAAAUAAUUGAUUAGUCGUUAUGUGCUGCUAAAACUAAAGAUAGUUAUUAGUUGAAUAGUAUCAAUAUUUAUUUUAUUUUUAAAUUUUAUAGAAAUUUUUAAUAACUCUGUUUAAAAUGAAACCAUUACAUUAAAACGAACAAACCUUUUGGUAAUUAUAGUAUAUUGAUGUCUGUAAUUCAUUUAAUAACUCACCUACUAAUUUUUUUGGAACUGAAGAAAAAAUGAAACUUUUUUUUCACAAUAAUACACUCAUUGAGAUUGAUAAUACUAUUUUAUAAAAUAAUUACUAGAAUUAAUUCAAUAUCGGAAAAUUUUGGAUAUUUUUAUAAUUUUAUAUGAAUUAAAAAAAUCUUGUAAUUGAUAAUUGAAAAAGAUCUAUUGAUGGGAAAAAAGAAUUGUAACAAUAUUUUUUUUAUCGGAAUUAAAUUGUGGCACUUAAUUGACUUGAAUAAAGAGAAGAAAUAUUUUAAAUAUUUAUAGCUCAUUUAAACACCAGACAACUAUAAAUAUCGUGCCAAAGGGCUCAAGCUUUAUUCGUCAAAUGAUUCAUUCACUUUAAUAUACAAGUUGCACGCUAGCUCGUUUAAAAAAUUAUUGUUAAGGCGUUUGCGAAUUAUUUAUAUUACUUUAAUUAAAAAAAUGGUUAUUUGUAAAAGUAUUUAUUAAAUAUAAUUAUCAAUAAGAAAAUAGA